AUGGUUUUCGGCAAUGCACAGGAUAUUUUUGCCCAGUCUUUACAAGAAGAGCGUCUUGCAAAACUUUGUGAUGACAACGCGUUUGUAAAUGUGGCGGAGGUUUUUAAGCGGCAGCGUCGUGAUGGGGCUCUCGUGAACGCUGUGGAUAUAGAGAUGAACUUUCUGGAACCGAGCGCUGAUUUUUCUUCCGCGCCGCCACGGGUUCACCUCAGCCGUUGUCUGAUGGAGCAGCAUCGUGCUUACACCAGGGCGCUGGAGGAGGACUGGCGCGAUCACAGGAAAGAAGAUGGCGCGUCUGCAGCUGGGCCCUCUUCUUCUUCUUAUUCCUCAUCAGAGGAUGGCGACACGGACAUGACCACAAAUCGUGUCAAGCGGCCCCGUGACUUUGAAAGUCGUUCUCGGGGGAGGAAAAAGCAAGCACGAGUGGAGCUGCAUGUUGGAGGCGUUCAUGCCAACAAAAUAUCUGUCAAUAUGGUGCAAACUGUUAGCGACGUGGGGCGAGAGCGUCGGAAUCUUGGCGGGUGGUUGCAGUCACGGCGAUCCGUCCCUUUGGAGUUGACCAUGCCAGGGCCGAGCUACAUGGCAAUGGCAGCGCCACCACCUUUACACGUUGGUGGGUAUCAUCUUUGCUCGGUAUGUCUUCUUCCUGCGAGCUACAAGUGUGUGCGCUGUCGUGGAGCGUUGUUUUGCUCAAUCAAGUGCCACGUGACGCACGAUGCAACACGUUGCAUGAAAUUCAUUGUCUGA